AUGAGUCAAUACAACUACUCCGAGUAAGUUAUAUUUACUGUGCAUAAUGCUUAUUACAGUCAAAAUGCAUACAACCAGCAAUUGCCCCCCGGAGUGACUAUUCACUAUCAGGGCGGUCAACAACCUUAUUACGAUGAGCAAUAUAUCCAAGAAGAUCAAUUUGUUCCACAAGGAUUCGCCCAACAAGGUCAUCAUUCCCAGAACGGGUCGUUACCACAACAUAAAACUCAGUCGUGGAAUCAGCAGUAUUCUCAACAAGGUCAACCUCAAUUAUAUCAACAAAAUCAACAACCCCAACAACAGCAGUACUACCAACAAAGUCAAGACCAAUUCUACCAAAGUCAACCCCAAGGUCAAUAUCAACAAUACCAGAAUGAUCAACAAGAUGGGUAUAACCAAAGUCAACAACAGCGUACCCGAUCAGUAGGACCAGAGAAUAACUACUCUUACUUUGUGGACAAAAAAGGGAACUACAUCCCUACCUCGAAUCCCCCAAUGUUCACUACUGGAGAGCCCGAGGGGGCCAACUACAUCCCCUAUUCCAGUGUCCCUAGGCGAGCACGGAGUGUUGAUCCGAAUGCGUAAGUUCAAUUAUUAAAGCUACAUCAUGUUCUCAGCGAGAACGAAAGUGAUCUCCGGUUCAAGUUUGGAGGCAUGGCAUUCGUGGAAAGUGAGGCUGCGUUCUAUGACGUAGAAGGCGCCGAUGUUUAUGUAGACCUUAACAGUAAAAAUGAGGAGGAACCAGUCCGCCGCCUUGGAGAUAACUACGGUCUCGACUUCAAUGAAUCGGUUUAUCGUGGAGACCAAGUAGAAGUCGAAGAAGGAUACCAGGGAUAUCAGGCUCAGAAACCAAGAAAACACUGGACAUAUGCCGAAGACCCAUUCAACCCCGACAACACUUAUGUGGAUGAUCUUUUUGCGUACUACGACCCGACUGAUGUUGUUGGUGACACAAUUGCCAACCAUCGCGUCACUGUUGAAAGGGAAUUGACAGAAGGUAAAAGCAAACUAAUUCAGUAACUCACUGCCUUUUUUUAGAAGAGCGCAACAAUUUCUGUACUGAAUUCAUCCCAACGCCCGGCUUCUUACCCCAGCAUCGCACUGAGAAGCCGGAGCCGAAGGAGGAAGGACCUAUCUGUUAUUCUUUGUCAGCAAAAAAAGAGCUAGCCCGAGGAGAUGAUUAUCGUCCACCAAGUCGUUCUCAAAGCGCCGGCCCUGCCCAACAAGGCCAAAAAAGAGAGGUAAACCUGCGGAAUCUCCUUGAUGACUCAGCCAUCCAACGCCAAGAAAAUGUGAUCCAGCCAGCUCCUUGGGCGCCAGAUUCUGAUUACAAACAAGGAAGAUGGCAGAACCAACCUGGCCAACUGGACCCCUUGAACCGCCGGCCCCAGGUAGGUUGUGGGGGUGGAAUGGGGAGAAGGGGUCUCAGCAAGUCAAACAUCGACUUUGAAGAUCCCAAUUCAUAUUCCCUUCUGGGUCCCUUUUUCAUUGGCCAAACAUCGGCGUUGGUUAAGUGCCAGCGCACUUUUGGAGCCGUUAAAUCAUAGGCCGUUGGUGAGUAUUAAACCUUUCACCAGACCUAGAACUCUUAUAACAAUGAACCAUGUUCAGAUACCAAGCCAAAGACCGGAGUGGUCCCAGCAAGUUGAAGAAAAGAAGAAUGUGUGGUCAGGAAAGGCUCAGGCAGUCGAUCAGAAAGUUGGUCAACCCGCUUCUUCAAAGGUUGCCCCUGAGAGACCUCCGUUCUGGGCUCAAAAAGCUGGCCAAACACAAAAUCAAUGGCAAGGGGCAGCUGGCCAACAGCAACGACAGCAGCAACAACAACAGCAAGUGGUCAAUGCCAGUCAAAAGCCUGGAAACGUACCAACUGGCAACCAAGUUAGUACCAACUAUACGUAAGUAAUAUUAUCCAAGCUAUCGAUAAACAUUCAGUUAUUAUCAACAAGGCCAGCAAGGUCAACAAAGCCAACAGCAAAGACAGCAAUCUCAGAACCAACGACAACAACAGAAUGCGUCAUUAACUGUCCAAAGACCAGGACAACCGGCUCCACAGCAACAGAUAAACCAUUUGCAGCGGCAAGGUCAGCCACAACCACAACAGCAACAACAACAACUACUACAGCGUGGAAGGCCUCAGGUUCAACAAAAGCCCCAACAGCAGGUUUCAUCGCAACAAGGCCAACAACAGAGAACAACACAAGGCCAACCUCAGGCUGCUCGCCCCACACAACAACAGCCCCAGAGACCGGCGGUGCAACAGAAACAACACCCAUCACCGCAACAACAACAAUCCGUGCAACAACGCACUCAAUCCCAGCCUCCACAAAAUCGACCAACCCCAACAGGUUCUUACCAGCGAACCAUAACCUAUGUCAACGGCAAGCCUGUGGCCUACGAAGAGGUCUCUGACAGACACCGACCUCAACAGCAAACACAGAACUAUCAAUCUGUGGUCUAUGUGAACGGUCAGCCCAAACAAGGGAAUGCUCAACCACAAGGUGGAUAUACUCAGAAGACCACCACCUAUUACACCCAGGGAACGGCCCCCCAAAAUGGAGGUAUCCCGCAACAAAGACCUGGACAAGUCCAGGGUCAAAACUAUGUUCAAUACCAACAAGGUCGUCCGCAGCCAGGAAAGCCUGGUGUUCCUCAAAAACAGGGUCAACCCGCCGGAUGGAACGAAACGAUUCCUCAGGGGCAGUUGAGCAACACCCAAUUUAACGCCAACGGUCAGUAUAGAGGCAACCAGGGGCAAAACGUCCAGUACCAACGUCAAGUUUCAACUGCAGCCAAUCCGCAUCAACAAUAUCAACUCAUAAAGCAAACUGAGACACAAGUCAGACAACAGACCCAGCCGUCGGGAAACCUCUCUAGGCAAGUGAUCCACCCACAAAGACAAUGAUUUCAUGUCCAGACACACUUCAACCACCUAUUACAAGAAGAAGACGCUUACGGAAGUGUAA